AUGCUCUACAUGAGGAGGUGGAUCUCUCUGAUGCUCUACAUGAGGAGGUGGAUCUCUCUGAUGCUCUACAUGAGGAGGUGGAUCUCUCUGAUGCUCUACAUGAGGAGGUGGAUCUCUCUGAUGCUCUACAUGAGGAGGUGGAUCUCUCUGAUGCUCUACAUGAGGAGGUGGAUCUCUCUGAUGCUCUACAUGAGGAGGUGGAUCUCUCUGAUGCUCUACGUGAGGAGGUGGAUCUCUGAUGCUCUACAUGAGGAGGUGGAUCUCUCUGAUGCUCUACAUGAGGAGGUGGAUCUCUCUGAUGCUCUACGUGAGGAGGUGGAUCUCUGA